AUGAAUAAAUUUUCUUUAUGGAAAGUUACUUUAUUCAGGUUAGUUGAAGGUGAAGUUUGUAAAUAUUGCAAAAAACGCAAUCUUCAAUGUGUCAGAAAAGCAAUUAAAGAGAUUGAAGAAAUUGAAACCAAAAACAUUGAUGUCUUUGGAGUUUUUGAUAAAGAUAUUGUCAAAAACGUUCUUGGAAAUGAUAACAAUAAUAAUCAAGAUGAUAAUGGCGAUGGCACGUUUUCGUUUGAAAAACUGUUGAAACAUAGUUUUGAAAAUUUCGAUGAUUUUGAAGAUUUUAUCUCUCUUAUGAAUCAAUUGCCACCAAGAAAUAUUUUGUUCAAGUAUAAUGUUCACUGA